CCCGCCCCUUCAGCCUCUGCGGCGGAACAUCCAUCGUCCUCGCGGUGAUGGCGGCUACGCGGAGCUCGCGUUAAGCUCAGGCUCGGGUCGUUUUAAGAUUGAAAUACGCUAUUAGAGGGACGGGUUGCUCGUUAGUAGCGCGCUAGAAGCAGAUUGGGUCAUCUUGGUCUGAGUAAAGCAGGGCUUAGAUCAAGAUGACUAAUGAAGAACCUCUUCCCAAGAAGGUUCGCCUUAAUGAAUCAGACAUGAAGACCCUGACCAGAGAGGAGCUGUGUACACGGUGGAAACAGCAUGAAGCCUAUGUCCAGGUGCUGGAGGCAAAAUAUGCUGAUUUAAAUUCCAAUGAUGUGACUGGUUUGAAAGAGUCUGAGGAGAAGCUAAAGCAGCAACAACAGGAGUCUGCACGCAGAGAGAACAUUCUGGUGAUGAGGCUGGCCACUAAGGAGCAGGAGAUGCAGGAAUGUACAACCCAGAUCCAGUACCUGAAGCAAGUCCAGCAACCCAGUGCAGCUCAGCUGAGAUCCUCCAUGGUGGACCCAGCCAUCAACUUAUUUUUCCUUAAAAUGAAGGCCGAACUGGAACAGACUAAAGACAAACUGGAGCAAGCCCAAAAUGAACUGAGUGCCUGGAAAUUUACACCUGAUAGCCAGACUGGUAAGAAGCUGAUGGCGAAGUGCCGCAUGCUGAUCCAGGAGAACCAGGAGCUGGGCAGGCAGUUGUCCCAGGGCCGAAUCGCACAGCUAGAGGCCGAGCUCGCCCUGCAGAAGAAGUACAGUGAGGAGCUCAAAAGCAGCCAAGAUGAGUUAAAUGAUUUCAUCAUUCAGCUGGAUGAGGAGGUGGAAGGCAUGCAGAGCACCAUCCUAGUUCUGCAGCAGCAGCUCAGGGAAACCAGGCAGCAGCUGUCUCUGCAAGCCCAGGCCCAGGGCAGCUCUAGUGCAGCCGGGCCCAGCCGGACUUCUCCCUCUCCCCCCUCCACAGAGCCGCCCAUACAGACUGAAGCACCGCCUGCCAUCAGCUCAGCUGGGGGAAAAGACUGCGGGAGGGUGUCCAAUGGACCCUCCAACGGAAACUCGUCCCAGAGGGGCGCAUCUGCUGGGUCCAGUCUGUACCGUGAAGCAAGCAGUGCAGAUGAGGAUUAUCCACUGUCGCCCUCAGUGUCCAGCCCCACUCAUGGGGGCGUGUCAAAACUCUCCAACCACUCUGAGGAUGCAGGCAGUCAGUGCGGAGGGGAAGGCUAUGUGACUCAGCUGAGCGCAGGUUAUGAGAGCGUGGACUCUCCAACAGGCAGCGAGACGUCAGUGACCCAGCACUCUAACGACACAGACUCCAAUGCUGACUCCCACGAGGCUGCUGCUGUCUCCAAGGGCAACAGGACAAGCACGCGUCAUGGUGCUCAGAACGGCCUGGACUCAUCUGCAGCUGCUAAUACCGUCACCACCAACUCCUCAGUAGCCUCCAACGCCUCGUCAGGGUCGGUUUUGUAAUAUUCUUAGUUUCUUUGUUUUUUUUUGUUUUUUUUUUAUACUCAUGACAAACAAAAGCCACACAUUUAGGGUCAGUUAGUUUUUGCUUAAGAAAUCGAAAAACUGAGAUGUACCGUUUUUUUAAAACCACUUUCUGUCAUAACUGACGUUUUUGUCUCGACAUUUUCAUAAAGCCAAUUACUUUGAAUGCCAGAUGAAUGAACCUCUAGAUUUGAUUGGAUGUUAUUUUUGCCGUUUUUUAAGGUUUUAAAUUGUUCUCCUUCUGCAGCCUUGGCCAUUUAAACACCACUGUUUCUGUAAAAUUAUUUUCACUCACUAAAAACAAGCUUCUGUUGCAUCAUAACGCUUAAUCAAGUCAUGAAGCUGCAGGUUGCUUCUUCACUUGCCAUGCUGGUUCAGAAUGUCCUUUGUUUGUUGAUGUUUAAACUUUUUAAAAAAAUGUUUUCUGUUUCUCCCCAUGAUGAGAAGUUUUGUUUAAGUUGUGUGUACUUUUUCUGAGCUGUAUCUUGUCAGAUUCAUAUUCUGAUUUCAGUUCAUUUCAUGUACUGACCAAAUAUCAAUAAAGGCUUUUAAUGACA